CUCGGCUUUCCACCCCUCCAUCUCGUUCUCCGGCUGCUGCUAUUCUCACUGCUAUACACCAUCCUCGACGACUCUCCUUCCUCCUUCAAGGCUCACCUCACUGCUGACGGUCACGCACUCGCCUUGUCCUUGUUAUCACGCAGCCUCCUUUGCUUACACAACUGCCUGGGAACACCGGGCCUGAAUCCCCCAGCAUACACAGCAUUCUACUUAAUCUCCCGGGUGGAUUUAAUUGUCUUACCAGUGGAUCACGCUGCAAGAGAAUCCACGAUAACACUGCACAUAUUCUCUCCGCGGCUACAGACCUCACGUCGCUCGCCGUCGGCCUCUCUUGUCGAAACCAACCCGGGCACCUCUAUACAUUCUAGAUGCCACGAUGCCCUCUCUACACAAGACUGGCUUAGGAUCGCGCAAACUGGUCUCCCACAUUCCUUUACGAUAGGCGUUGCCGUUCGAAUCGUCUUGACUUUCUGCAUUUGGCACCUCGAGCUGGGACGCUGAGGUUUGCCCAAGAAGGAGAUGGAACACCAGCAGACUGAAGAUGGACACCACUUCAUUCGCGUGAGUACUAUACUUCAGUCAUAUACACACAGCCCCGCAGAUGUCAACCGCAGAACGCGAGGAAAGAAAGGUGCACGGGCGUGGCGUUCGAGCAACUAGGGAUACAAGAACCUUGACUAAUUCGAAACCUCGUGGCUAGUCACUGGCGCAGUUCAUCCGCCAGCAUGAAAAGGCUCUCGCCAACAGCCUUCAAAUGUCUGUCCACAGGCGGCAGACCUCACUGAAUUCCACCACCGCGGCCGCCUCGAGCCAUACCUCUGGUACUUCUGCAGCGAGCACGAGUACCUCGUCGAGUGCCCUUGCUGCAGCAUUUUCUUUCGCUGGUCUGAACUUCAGAUCUCAUGCAGCGAAAGCGGCCUUACUAACCUUGACACCUCACCACCUUUUCUACCUUUUAUCGCGGAUGGAAGAGCUGGAUAUCCUUGUAGGCCCCAUGAACAUCCGCCUGGAAAACCUGAAUACAGAUCCUUCUCCGUCCAACUAUGUGUCAUUUCUCCAAUCACACAAGCCAUCAAAGGGCCGCAGUGACAGAGACUCGAUACAUUCCGUCUCCAGCAUGCGGAGCGUCAUGUCAGGAAUGAGUACUUUCUGGUCGUCGAUCGGCUUGGGUGGCAGUAGCUCAAAAAGUGAAAAGGCGAAGGCACUUGCAGAGGCAGAUCUAACAUACCUCUACUCAGCAUUCACCAAAUUGCCAUCGCUACGACUAACCACCGAUCAUCGCGCUAGGCUCAUUCAAGGGUAUGAAGAGUUUCCAUUUGACACUGCUGUCCCACUCUUCGCCUUCAAAAACCUGCAGCAGCUGGACAUAGUCGAUCUUGACUUCCGUCGAUUUUACGGUUGGGAUAGACUGGCUGAGCAGCUUACCCUGCUAACGGUCAAACGCGCCAAUCUAGAUGACCCCGCUGAGCUUCUGACCGACAUCGUAUUGGAUGACGCUGAGAAGCGUCGAAGACGUUCGACCAAAGGUGGUCGAGCCUCGCCAACUCCCACAAACUCGUGGACUGUGCCUUCUACUCCACAAGCAGGGUAUGCACAUUCGCAUUCGGAUCCAGGAUCACCUGCCGGAGCAAGUCUCGAGCACGACGAUCAUGUCGAGUUCAUGCCUCGAGACAAACAAAUGUCAGGGAGCGUGUCGCCAAAACGACCUAGCCCGGGGCGACCGACAAGCUCAUAUCGGCAUGUCCGCUCCUACUCCUCUAAGGUGAAAAGAUCAGGAUCGGGAAGCUCCAACUCGAGCGAGUAUUCCGUUCAGCCCCAUCGUAGCGACAGCACUUCCAGCCUCCUUAGCCUAAACAUUCUCCCCCCAGCCAAGUGGCAGCGGUUGAAGUAUUUGUCCCUGGCAGACAAUUCUCUAACAACCAUUUCGGCCAGAAGCCUGGCACCGGUAGCCACCACGCUUCGCUCCCUGAAUCUCUCGUCGAACCUUUUCACGGAGAUACCAGAUAGCCUUGCUUCCCUCACCAGGCUCGUGUCGUUAGAUCUGUCCAACUGUAUGAUUGGGUCUCUCCAAUCGCUGUCUAAAUAUCCCCUGCCAGCUGUUUUGACGGUCAACCUGAAGGCAAACCGCCUUCGAUCUCUGGCAGGCAUCGAGAAGCUCCUGUCGUUAGAACAGCUGAACAUCCAGGACAACAAGAUUUGCGACCCCAUGGAUAUGGCGAGGCUCACUUGUAUUCCGAACCUGAAGCGCAUCUGGGUCAAACGGAACCCCUUUACCAAAACAUCGUCCGACUAUCGAGUGCUUACCUUUAACCUCUUCCGCAAGACGCCCGGAUACGUGGAUGACAUUGUGAUUGAUGAGUCUGGCCCCGGGUACUCGGAGCGAAAGCAACUGGUGGACCGGGUCCCUGAGCUGGAGAGGCAAAUUGCACCACCGUCGAUCCGGAUAGUCGAGUUGCCGCUCGUUGUACAGCAGUCUGAGCAGGCGCAACAAGGUCACAAUCAGCAGAUUGAAAGUGCGGUGAACACUACGCGUCGGAAAAAGAUUCCUCGACGACGCAUAGUCGACCUGGCAAAAGACGAGACAUUCGCACGUCUUCCUGAUGAGGACCUUGCGGCCACCAUCCCUUUGCCAUCUCCUGCCACUCAUCACCUUUUGGCAGCAGAUGGAAAUCCGCGACUACCUCUCUCGAGUCCGGGAGAGACCGCAGAAGACGACAUGUAUGAUGGAUCCACGCAAGUCGCAUCCGUGGGAUCAAGCACUCAAGCCAUGCCAGAAGACGAUUAUAGAGCCAAAAUCGAAGCCUUACGGCAAGAAUUCGGCAGCAAUUGGCUCAGUGUUCUGGGAGACCAGAAUUGGCACAAUAGCCACCACAUGGAAAUAACACAGGGCCAGAAGAAUCUGGGACACCACACCCUGCACCGUCCCGGCCCAGUCAUUGUUAGCGGGGGUCGUACUCUGGGUUAAGAACAGCAGAGAAGGGCCACAGCCUGGUUGCUGCACCUACAUCAACCCUUUUUCUGUUUUUGCGCCUGCAAAUUGGGCAUUUUUUAGACCGACUGUUUUUCUGAUCGAUUUGGGCAAUGGUUUUUCAUGACUGCAAUUUUAUACCCACUCGUUUGCGUAUCACUGCAAGACAACGGAGGCAUUGCAAGGGAUUCUGGUAUGGGUAUGAUGUUUGCAAUAUGUUGUUGUGGUUUUGUCACGAAAGAUUUGUGUUUGACGCAUAGCGACGGUGUUCCGUGGUCGGACGGGUUGUUUGAUAUAUUUUUGUUGUUGCAAUGCUUGAUGCAUGGGAGGGCAAAGACGAAGUAUGACUUGACGGACGAGAUGUCUUAAGACACUCCCUUCUUGAUAUAAUUUUGGCGCGCGUGGGAAAUAUGAACCGUUCUCCUUCUC